CAUGUUCAUUUUUUUUUUAUUUUUUUUCAUUUUCUUUUCUUAUUAUUAUUAAGGGAAAUGAAAAAGAAAAGGAAAAAGAAAAUUCUCCUUCUUGUUCUCUAACUUAACAAAAGAAAAUACAGAGACUUGAGGGUUCUUGGUAACUUCUGCCCUGUCCCCUUCGCCUUCUUCUGUCUCCCACUUCACAUUUCUUCUUCUUCCUGUCUCCGUUGAUUUGUUCAGAGAGAGAGAGAGAGAGAAAAAAGUUCCCAAUUUCUUUCAGAACCCUAAACGACAUCAACAUGGAGGGAGCUCUGUGGAAGGAGCUUCUGGGUUUUCAAUUUCCCAUGGGAAAGUUCAAAUCUUUGUGGUUAUUUGUGGCUUUCUUGACUUUGAGCCCCGGCUUUGGUUCAGCUGGAGACAUAGUACAUCCGGACGCUAAGGCUCCCAGUAAGCCUGGCUGCGACAACAGCUUUGUACUGGUGAAAAUUCCCACUUGGGUUGAUGGGGUUGAAGACACAGAGUACGUUGGUGUCGGUGCUCGCUUUGGCCCAACAUUAGAAUCAAAAGAAAAACAUGCAAAUAAAUCUAGGCUUGCUUUGGCUGACCCUCCUGACUGUUGCAGCACACCCAAGAAUCAGCUCACAGGGGAGAUCAUUAUGGUGCACCGUGGAAACUGCAGCUUCACAACUAAGUCUAAUAUAGCUGAGGCUGCUGGUGCUUCUGCUAUUCUAAUUAUAAACAAUCGAACGGAGCUUUUCAAGAUGGUUUGUGAAGAGAAUGAAACUGAUUUAGAUAUAGGAAUCCCAGCUGUCAUGCUUCCACAGGAUGCGGGAACAACCUUGGAAAAUUAUAUGAGCAGCAACGCCACAGUUCUUCUGCAGCUUUAUUCCCCUAAACGUCCAUUAGUUGAUGUUGCGGAAGUGUUUUUGUGGCUUAUGGCUGUCGGCACCAUUUUAUGUGCUUCUUACUGGUCUGCCUGGACUGCAAGGGAGGCAGCAAUAGAGCAAGACAAGCUCUUAAAGUGUCUGUCAUUCUCACAGGAUGGUCUAGAUGUACAUCAGGAAGAUGUUUGCGCUAGCAAAAUAGUUAACAUCAAUGUCACCUCUGCGGUUCUCUUUGUUGUGGCUGCUUCAUGCUUCUUGAUUAUGCUCUACAAGCUUAUGUCAUUCUGGUUUAUUGAAGUUUUAGUAGUUCUCUUCUGCAUCGGUGGCGUUGAGGGUUUGCAAACCUGCCUGGUUGCUCUGUUAUCAUGUUUCAGAUGGUUUCAACAUGCUGCUGACUCAUCUGUUAACGUCCCCUUCUUUGGAGCUGUCUCGUAUCUGACAUUAAUUGUCGCUCCCUUCUGCAUAGCAUUCACUGUUGUUUGGGCAGUUUAUCGCCGAAUUUCAUUUGCUUGGAUAGGUCAAGAUAUCCUUGGUAUUGCACUGAUCAUUACAGUUCAUCAGAUUGUCCAUGUACCAAAUCUGAAGGUUGGUACAGUUCUUCUCAGUUGUGCCUUCCUAUACGACAUCUUCUGGGUAUUUGUUUCCAAAUACUGGUUCGACGAGAGUGUCAUGAUAGUGGUAGCUCGUGGUGAUGGGAGUGGGGAGGACGGCAUACCAAUGUUACUGAAAAUUCCUAGGAUGUUUGAUCCCUGGGGUGGAUAUAGCAUCAUUGGCUUCGGUGACAUCAUCUUACCCGGACUGGUGGUUGCUUUUUCCUUGAGAUACGACUGGCUGGCGAAGAAGACUCUUAAAGCCGGAUACUUUGUAUGGGCAAUGACUGCAUAUGGCUUAGGUCUCUUCGUCACGUACGUAGCUCUGAACAUGAUGGAUGGGCAUGGCCAGCCAGCACUUCUUUACAUUGUUCCUUUCACGCUAGGAACGUUUCUGGCACUGGGGAAGAAGAGAGGAGAUUUGAAGAUAUUAUGGACAAGAGGGGAACCAGAGAGGCCUUGUCCACACCUCCAACUUCAAUCCUCUCAACUGCUACACCAACAAUAAUUAAUAAUUAUCAUGUUAUGAUAUAUUAAUAAAAAAAAUACCAGUCCUUUACUUACCCUCCCAUACACUUUUUUAGUAGAAGCUUAAAUUCUAUAAAAAAAUCUGUAAGUAGAAGCAAAAAGAAAGUUUUAAGGUUUUCUUUACCCCGUUUGGUCAUGGGCUCUUUUGGGAAUCUUUUGUAAGCUGUAGAGAGGAGAAGAAAGCUUGUAAUAUUUGUAGCUUAGCAGGAACCGUGACAAAGGCUGUAGUGUAGAAAGAGAACUUUAAAUUUGUAGCAUAACUAGCUAGAAGAAGCAAACUUUAAUCGUUUCCGGGGGUCCGUUUUCUUUGUGAGAUAAUUCGAACUUACUAAAGUUUAUAUUGCCUUGUGGCCAACUGAGCAGUUUUUUUGCAUGGCAUCAAAGGGAUCUGCUCUGGAAUCUGGAUCAGGUAGCUCUUUCCGAGCACAAGAAUUGUGAUCCGACGAGUGGAAUUUAAUCGGCGUGUGGUUUAGGGCUCGUCGGUAUGGUACAUUAUCAAGGAAACGAAACAAAGGUUGGUGAAGAGAUCGGCAUACAGCAGAGAGCUAUUGAGGGAACGAGUGGUCUGGUCUCCCUGGAUCAGUUGAAUCAUCAGAAAGAAAGUUCAUUUCUAUUGAAGGG